ACUGAGCGUGUCGAUAAUCCCGGUAGUGAUGCGAAUAAUGUGAACAAUCAAUCUAAUCUUCCGUGUCUCCGCUCGGCAUCCACCAUUCCGAGCCAAUUCCGAACCUCGGCUCGCGCCAAGCAGAUGCUAAUCAGAUGCAGAUGAUCACCGGCCGUCCGCCUGAUAAAGAUCCGUCCGUCCUUUCCGUGCCCGCCAUCGGAAUGUUUGCAACUAUCUAGUAUCUACACUACAUAUCACUCUCGGAGUAAAGCACCAUGGCGGAACCGGAACGCUCCCCUGACGUCUCUGCGCACGUUGCUGUCGCUGCUGAGCCCGACAGCGACAAGCUCGGUGAGGGGAACCCGGUGAGUCCUGCGGGGGACCCAGCAUCACCAUCACCGACACCGAAAUCGCCGAGAUCCUCACCCCUCAGUACCAACGCUCGACACAGGCUGCUGGCAGCGCUACGAGCAGCGGACUUUACAGUCGGGCGUGUAGCCAAACUCACAUCCACCUCCACCGGCCAAGAACGCGUCUUCGCCAUAACCGGCUACCUCGCCCACGUCCUACACCACAUCCUCGUCUCCGCCCCAUGGCUGGCCCUUCUCGCGCGCCUGCGCCGCUCCCCCUCCCCCUCCCCCUCCUCCUCCUCCUCAAAACCCCCACCUCCCCUUCAUCCCCCCUCCUCUCCCUCUCCUCCCUCAUACCGCACAAUCUACAUCCUGACGCUGCUGCAGGUCCUCGCCAACGUGGUCUACCAGGCGCUCGAGAACGUCGCGUUCUUGGCGAGUAAGGGUGUCGUCUCGAAGAGGUGGAUCCAGCGUUGGGGGGGCGUGGAUGCUUGGUAUAUCUGGAGUACGAGGGCUUGGUUGGGACAUAUUGUUUUGCAGUUUGGGGUGUUGUGGAGGGGGAGGGUUUUGUAUGGGAGGAGGUUUGGGGGUGGGGCUGGGGCUGGGGAUAAGGCAGAGGCAGAUUCAGAAGAGGAGGAAGAGAAGAGGAAGGAGAUCCGCGCGUGGAGAAAGAGUCUGGUGAAUAAUCUCUGCUGGGCGCCGUUGUGUCUCCAUUGGUGCUUUGAGAAGGGUAUUGGGUUUCCGGAGCAUUUGACCGGUUUGGUUAGUUUUAUGGCCGGCGCGUGGGACUUUGGGGAUUCGUGGGCGAGGACGGCCGUGUAGGGAUAGUAAGUACAUCUGCUGGGAUCUUGUGUAUCUUAUGAUCUGGUUUCGUUUGAUCUGGCUGGGUGGGUGGCUGGUUGAGUUUGUUUGAUGGGGGGGUUGUUGGGAUUGUUUUUGUUUGAGCGUUCG